AUGCAGUGGCAAGUGAGUGAAGUGAGUGAAGUGAGUGAGAAGGUCAAGAUUGGAACUGCAGCAGCGUUUGGGCUGCUCGCGUUGCCAUGGCUGCAGCUCCAGUCGACUCUUGGCGCGGAGGCUGGGAGCUGCCCCGCCGAUCCGGCGCGCUCCGGGUGCGCCUCGGUGUGUCCGGCUGGCCGGAUCCUGGUGCUGGGAGCCGGGCUGGCGGGGCUCACGGCCGCCCAGACGCUUCGGAGGGCCGGCUGUGAGGUGCUGCUUCUGGAAGCGAGUGGGCGCGUCGGCGGAAGAGCCUCCGCGAUUGAGACGGGGCCCUUCCGAGGCUUCGACGCAGGCGCGCAGUGGGUUCAUGGUGGCGAAGAGAAUGUUCCAAUCAUGGCGCUGACUCGAUUUUUCAACUUGUCUCUGGAGCAGAUCGGCGGCAACACUGACUUCGAAGGCCGGCCCUACAGCAAGCAUCGCCUGCUUCACUUGCAGCGAGCGAACGACACCCUGAAAGCAGAGGCUUUCAGGCACUAUGCCGAAGCCAAAGUGCUGUUCGACCAGAAGGUGGGUUGGAUCCUCGCGCAGAAGGGGGCCGACUUAUCACUCAGAUCUGCAUGGGAGCUGAUCAUGAACCAAAGUCUCGACCCGCUGCUGGAGUGGCAGCUGCGUGUUCGCAGCGAGCAGAACUGGGGCACCAGCGCGGAGCAGGUGGGCUCAAGACUGGCGGAGUUGGCCAUGUACAGCGUCUUCUAUUCCGAGGUGGAGGAUAUGCCCGAUGCGCCACCAUCUUGGAGAGACUCUUCUGACAUGAGAGGUGAUGCCAAGCUGGCUGGCGGCUUCAGCGCACUGGUGCGGGAGUUGGCGCAGGGCCUGGACGUGCGCUUCCACACUGCGGCCACCUCCAUCUCCCUCGAGGAUUCGGUGACGGUGCACACGUCCAGCGCGACCUAUCAAGGCAAAGCUGUGAUCGUCACCGUUCCCCUGACGGUCCUUCAGCAGAAGAUCCAUUUCCAGCCACCGCUGUCCAGUGCCUUCCAUGCUUCAUUGAACCGCUUUCAGAUGGGGGACGUUGCCAAGCUGUUCAUAAAAUUUAAAGUUGGGGAAUCUCCCAUGGGCAGUGGCACGUACUUGAUCUCUCAGUUGGUAUCGCAGACGUCACGAAGCCUCCUCUAUUAUUGCAUCCGGGAAGCAGCCGCAACCGCAGCCGCCAACGUUCCUUCAGUGACACUGACUUGCUUGCUGUCCGGCCCGUCCUUUGCAGAGGCCCUGAAGUUGAACCAGAGCCAGGAGGCGUUGCGGGCCCGUGUUGUGGAAGAGCUGUUGCAGAUGUUCCCACAGAUGCAGCCGACGGCUGUAGAAGCUGUGCUGCUGGUGUCGUUCUCCCGGGACCCUUUCGUUCUGGGAUCAUGGACCUGCGGGAAGGUGGGCUCCAGCAGCCAAGACUUCAGCAUCUACGAGCCCAAGCCACGCUUGGCCUUCGCCGGCGAGCACACCUGUCGCCUGAUGUAUGGCACAGUGCAGGCUGCCGUGGUCUCUGGCGCGCGUGCUGCGCACCAAGUCUUGGCUGGAAGACCUCACACGGCAGCAAACGAUGAUUGGCCUUACUUCAACAAGGAACUGUACUCGCUCUGCGAUGAGCUUCCGAACGCAUGGAGAGAUGAGCAUUGCGGAGAAUCCUGCCUCAAUCUCUGGCCACCCCUGCCAGACACUGUUCCAAGCCUGUUUCAACACUGGCAAGGCAUGACGAAAAAGGCACGCCGCUGCUGGGGCAGACUCGGCUGGAGGUCGCUCUCCUGGGCGCGGCAAGCGAGGAAGCCGGCCUCGAGCUUUAAGACGUGGCUGCAGCUGAGCUCUGCUGAGCAGGAAGCAGCCGCCUGCGUGGGUUUCGCGGAAGAAACGUGGAACGACGCAUCAGGGGAGCUGACGGAGAUCAUCCUGUGCAGAUCAGGAUCUCCCCACUUUCAGUUGUGGGAUUGCUUGGCCCAGAGCCAGCAGCGGGAUUGGCGAGAGUUGGGCUUCAACCGAGCCACGCUGAAUGAAGAGGUUCCAAGUGCCUUGGCCACAGUCAGUUGGAGCAGACUGACCCCUCUGCAGCGGAGAGCGGCCAUCCGCAUCGGCUAUCGCCCAUGGAUGUGGUGA